AUGCCACUGGACCCCGCCGUCGCCGGGCCUUCCCCGCCGGAUCUCACCUCCUCGCCUUUUUCCCCGUCGGAUCGCUCGAGCCCGGAGCCGCUCGACCCCCCUGCGAACCAUCGCUGGACGCCGCCCCCGCGGUCCUCUCCGUCACCGUCGCUCCCCGUCCCCGUCGCCGAUGCCACCUCGCCGGACUGCUUCUCCUGCGUCGCCGUCGUCCCCGACCCCCUCCACGAGCGCCGCUGCCCCGUCCAUACAAAUCUCGACCCCGUCGCCCCUGGUGCCCGUCGCCACCACCGCUCCGCCAUCGCCAAGACGCCUCCGAUGCCACUGGACCCCGCCGUCGCCGGGCCUUCCCCGCCGGAUCUCACCUCCUCGCCUUUUUCCCCGUCGGAUCGCUCGAGCCCGGAGCCGCUCGACCCCUCUGCGAACCAUCGCUGGACGCCGCCCCCGCGGUCCUCUCCGUCACCGUCGCUCCCCGUCCCCGUCGACGAUGCCACCUCGCCGGACUGCUUCUCUUGCGUCGCCGUCGUCCCCGACCCCCUCCACGAGCGCCGCUGCCCCCUGUGCUCGUCGCCCCUCGUGCGCGCCUACGGCCGCGCGCACGCUCGCGCAUGCCUUGCCGUGGCCACCCGCACCGCGGCCUUGUUCGGCCGCCCCCCUGUGCCCGCGACGGCGCCCCGCCACGCCGCUGCUCCGGCCUCGGCCACGGGCCACGCGCCGACCCCUUCCUUCCCCCCUCCCCUGCUAGCCGCAUCGGGCGCCGGCGCCCACGCGCCCGCUCCGGCCCCGUUCCGGCCUCGCCGUGCCCUGGCUUCGCCCAGUGGCCGCGUGCGCUCGGCACAGCCGUAG